AUGUUGCACAAGAGACGUCGACGCGUGGCGGCGCACGCUAGCCGCCGAACGACCGGGCGUUACUACCAGGUAGUUCUCCUCCUCCUGUCCCUCACUACGUCGUCAAUCACGGCGAUUGCUGUCUCGAGCAGUGGCGAGCAGAGGCAACACCUGCGGCGCUCGUCGGCCGCGUCCGGGGCCAGCGGCAGCGGCGUUGGCGGCGCUGCGCAAAGGAUUAGUUGUAACGUAUGGACGGCUGGGAAGAAGGUGGAGACACUUCGCCGCUCACACAACUUUUGCUCGUCGGAGGUUGCAACUGCCGGCGCUGCUGCUGCUGCUACCAGCCCUACCGAUGGCUUGUUGCGAGAAAGGAUUGGGCGGUCGUUGCUGGAGGUGCGGGGUGGCAGCGAGGGGCUGAAGAGCGAGAAGUGGAGUCGAGAGAAGGCAGCAGCCGGGAUGGCGGCAAGGACGGGAGCUGGAGGAAACGCCGGGCUUCAAAAGGCCACCCCGGUCGCCGGCGACGCGGGCAUCGGCGUCGGUGUGCGCGAGGGCGCCGCCGCCGCUCCGGGGACGGCUGGGAUAAGGGUGGGGGGGGGGGAACCGCAAUCAGCGCCCGUGGACCAGAAGACAAAUAGAGGCGGCAGAGAUCCUGCCAAGGGGGUCGGGCUAGCGUCGCAGGACGACGUCGGCAUGGUGCUGGAGGUAGAGGAGGACCGGCGAAGCUUAGAGACGCCGCCGGCAGCGGGUGGCGGCGGUGAUGUUGCCGCCUCUGCGACUUCCCAAGACGCGGGCUUAGUUAGGGAUAGCGUGAAAACGGAGGCGGCAGCUGUUGGGGCGGCGGCGGCGGCAGCGGCACCGGAGGGCGCGACUGCCCGCGACCAGCCAUCACCCGCGGCGGGUGCUUCUGCGGCUGGGUCGACGACAGUGGCAGUAGAUUUGGCUGAUAGUGGUGUAGGUGGUGGGAGUGGUGGAGUUGAUAGUAGUGAAGUCAGUGGCGGUGAGUGGGGGGUUGGUGGUCAAGAAGACGUGUUGGACUUGUUGUCACAGCGGGACGUGAAGGGCACAACCGCGGUCAGAAAGAGAAGGCGGACGGCGACGCCAAAGGUGGCGAGCGGUGGGUGGACAAGAAAGCCUGCGCCUCCCGAAGAACCCGGGGCAACCGGAAUCCCGGCGGUCACCGGAAGCCGACCGAACGACCCGCCGCGCGCGGGGGCCCCGCGGCCGCCAAGAGGGGAGGUGCGGGUGUGGCGGCCCUGGGGGAGGCACGGGGCCGUGGCGGCUUCCGGGGCGGGGGUUAGCGAUAGCGGCAACGUGGUGGAAGGGACAGCGGCACCCGGCGGCGGGGUUGCUGCUGCAGCAACCGGGAGUGAGGUGGUGGCGGUUGUUGGGCAGGAGGCGGCGGGCGGUGAUGAGGUGGUAGGGAAGGCCAAGGCGAAGAGGAUGCGCUGGGAGCCCAAGUACCUGACGGUGAAGGCGGUGUUCUUCUUGUUCUACAGCAGCCUCGGGGCCAUCAUGCCGUACCUGCCGGUGUACUACCACUCCCUCGGCAUCCCGGACAGGAGGAUAGGCCACCUGGGCGCCAUCACCCCGGCGAUGACCUUCCUCUUCACCCCUCUCUGGGGCGCGCUGACCGACAAGUCGGGCAUGCUGAAGCAGAUCCUGGUCCUGACCUUCGCCGCCUCGACGCUGCUGAGGGUCUCUCUCGCCGCCCGCACGUCCUUCCUCUGGAUCGUCUCGGUGAUCACGCUCACGGCCGUCAUCAACGCGCCGGUUCGCCCGCUGCUCGACAGCAGCGCCCUCCAGUCCCUGGACGACCGGGCGGAGUACGGGAAGCAACGGCUCUGGGGGCAGUGGGGUUUCGGGAUCGGAUCCUUCUUGACGGGGAAGCUCCUGUCUAGGUUCGGGUUCAAGGCGGCGUUCUACAUGCACGCAGCGUUCUCCCUGCCGACGCUCCUGAUCCUGAUGCGGUUCAGCCCGAAGAAGGAAGACCGGGGGAAGGAGCCACCGAAGUUCGGGGAGCUUUACCAGCUCGUGGUCCACGACCCUGAUGUCCUGGUAUUUUUCUCGAUGGUGUUCGCGAUUGGGCUAUCGAGCGGCGUGAUCGAGAACUUCGCCUACAAGCGGCUGAGGGAGCUGGGGGGCACCGGGUCGGUGCUGGGGGUGUCGCGGCUGGUAUCUAGCCUGUCGGGUAUACCCAUGUUCUUCUUCUCGGGGGCCAUCGUGAAGCACUUCAGCAUCGUGGGCAUCCUGACCGCGUCAAUGAUGAGCUUCAUCGCUAGGUUCGUCAUCUACGCGUCCAUCAAGAACCCCUGGGCGGGCCUCCCGGCGGAGGCGCUCAGAGGAGUUACGUUUGCUGGCUUCUGGGCGGCGAGUACGUGCCACGUUGGCGCGAUCGCACCCCCGGGUCUCUCGACGACCAUGCUGGGGCUCCUGAAUGCGACGUACGGGGGCAUCGGGCAGUCUCUCGGGUCCCUCAUCGGCGGGAGCCUCAGCAUGCGCUUCGGGACGGCGAGGGCGUUCCUGGUGUACGCCAGCGUCGACGCGUGCCUGCUGCUCGCCUUCUUCCUGUUCUGGGGGUUGCAUCCGAACGGGCAGCAGAAGGACCGCGGGGCCGGCGGCGGGAUAGGUGCCUCUUCGGGGCAGGACGUGGGGAAGGUGUCCCCGCAUGCCGGCCAGCUGCCGCCGCCGGCGGAGGCUACGCCGCAGCAACCUGCCGAGGGGGUGCAAGAUCAGACGUUUACGCCGCCCCCUGCGGUCGGCCAGCGAUAGAGGAGGGUGGGGGCCCGAAUCUGCGAUGUCGAUGGCGGUGGACUUUGAAGGUUUGCGGAGGAGAUGGAAAUGACGACUCUGAGGCUCCUGACGACUCGGGGGGGGGGGGCUGUGGAUGAGCUCUUCUCUGUCUGAAAUUUUGACACCUGUUGAAAUGAACGGGGUUUAUUUGAUAGAGCUACUACGUGUGUCUCGCAGCGCGUGGCCAAAUUACGUUGGGCGUUCUGCGUUGUUUCUCUAGGGUAGUAUCGGUACAGGGGUACUUUUGUUGGUGUUGGGUGUGUUUGUUUGCUUUGAUGGUUUUGGAUAUGACUAAUAAUAGUGUAAAAAGCGGUGGUGACAUUGAACGUGGGUUUUACGAACGAUCUGGAGCCACCUGAUGUUUUGUGUCUCCGUUUAUUUUGCUUCUGUGUGAAAUGUUAUGCAGACGUUAUGCGAAAACGUUGACUUCUUUUUUUAAUCAGACCGAGAAUUUUGUUC